AUUCUCACGAUUUAUUUUUACACUCGUGGGUUUGCCUUGCUCGGAGUGGCCGUGUGCGCGCUCAGCCUUGCAUAAUUCUACGCGACCCCGAUCCCGAAUUGCUUCUUUGGGAAACAGGACUAACGGCCUCCCGUGGGCGCAAUCGCGUGGUGGUGGUGGCAGGGUCUUGAUUGACUUUAAUUGAUCACCAAAUCUUUAUUGGCAAAAAAAAAAAGGUACAGGGCAGAUUUGGGUGGCGCUAGGCAGUUGACAAUCACACCAUCUCUUUUCCGAUCAAUCGGGCGUUUUUUGCUUUUCUGUUUACUACGGGUAUUUAUUUAUUUAUUUACUUGAGUCAGCGCUGCGGAUGUGCAUUACUCUGCAUUAUCCUGCAUUCUAAGGGAUCGACUUACACUAAGAGGUUCCACCAACAUCAAAACUCAUCACUACUUGUACAACAAACACACAUACAAACACAGAAAGAGGGGAAAAUAAUCGCGAUGGAGUCUCAGAGCAGCAAUAGCAGCCAGGACUCGCAGGACAGCACCCUUACUAUUACGGACGAGAACAGAAGAGAGAUUCUGUAUUUUGCGUAUGGAAGCAACUUGUCGACGGAUCAGAUGCGGGAGAGAUGCCCUUUCUCAACGGCAGUUGGGUUGGGGAAGAUGACGGGAUGGAAGUGGAUCAUCAACAGGAGGGGAUAUGCAAACAUUGUGGAACUGGGGAAAGAAGACGAAGACGCUGAAAUGAGGGAAGAAUAUGGAGACAGUGAAGAGGAAGAGGGAGAAGCAAUCAAAGAACAAAAGGGCAAAGGUGUAUUGGAAGACGACGGCGAAGAAACAAGCACAGUAUACGGCAUGCUCUACCUCCUACCGACAGAAGACGAAGAGCGCCUCGACCGCUACGAGGGCGUGCCCUGGGCCUACGAAAAGGCCUACCUCGAGGCGGACUGGGUGAGCCACACAGAGGCCGUCAGCACAAGCGGCGGGACGUAUGUCAGGGAGGAAUUGACGCCGGUCAAGGUGUUGGUUUAUGUUGACCGGAAGCGCGUCAGGGAUGGGAGGCCGAAAGAGGAGUACGUGGGGAGGAUGGAGAGGGGGAUUCGGGAUGCGGUGGAGAAUUGGGGGAUGAGUGAGGAGUAUGCGGAGAGGGUGAUGAGGAGGUUUUGGGUGGAUGGGGGAUGA